AUGUUGAUGUUUGUGAUCAGCUUUGCCACUUUAGUGUGCGCCGCCGCUGCACGGCCUUCACUUCAUUUCACCGCCGAGAACGAGUCAAAGGAAGUCCGUUCAGCUGCCAUCAAGAGACUUUUGGAGGUUUUUGGGAUGGAGGACCCUCCUGCUAUCCAUGGGCACAAGCAGCCACCACAGUACAUGCUUGAUCUGUACAACACGGUUGCUGAUGUGGACGGUGUGACUAAGGACCCGUAUCUUCUGGAGGGGAAUACUGUGCGCAGCUUUUUUGACAAAUUGCGCAGUGAACAGGUGGAGUUCAGGUUCAACUUGUCCACGGUUGCCAGAACUGAGAAGAUUCUCACUGCAGAGCUCCAUCUUUUCAAGCUGCGACCUCAGGCAACACUGACAUUCCACAGACAUCAUUUCUGCCAGGUUAGUGUUUAUCAGCUGCUUGACACAAGCAAAACCAACAAUACACAAGAGAAGAAGUUGCUGUCUUCUCGCCUCAUCCCAGUUCACUCUACUGGUUGGGAAGUCUUCACCAUUACACAAGCAGUCCGCUCUUGGAUGGUAGAUGAAGGCAGUAACCUGGGGCUCCAUGUGGUGGUUCGGACCCUGGGAGGAAGUCAGAUGGAUAUGAAACUGAUCCGUUUUGCUUCAGGGCGCAACCACCACCAGAGCAAACAGCCCAUGUUGGUCCUCUUCACUGACGAUGGCCGCCGCUCUGCUACUCUUGAAGGCACAGGUGAGCCUUACCCAAAUGAUGCAACAAUCACUUCCAGCCUGCCACAGGCUUCCAUAUCAGGUCCGUCCUCCCGCAGCGCCCGCUCCCUGGACAGCGGGGAGGAAGGUGUGUCUUUGCCUUGCCAGCGUCUGCCCCUCUACGUCGACUUUGAGGAGAUUGGCUGGUCGGGCUGGAUUGUGUCUCCCAAGGGCUACAACGCUUACCACUGCAAAGGCUCCUGCCCCUUCCCUCUGGGUCAGAACAUGAGGCCGACCAACCACGCUACCGUCCAGUCCAUCAUUAACGCCCUGAAGCUGAUCAAAGGCAUUCAGACGCCGUGCUGCAUCCCCGACAAGCUCUUCUCCAUCAACUUGCUCUACUUCGACGAUGAUGAGAAUGUCGUCCUGAAACAGUAUAAUGACAUGGUGGCUGGAAGCUGUGGCUGCCACUGACAUCAACCAGCCAC